AUGACUGGUCGCGGUAAAGGAGGUAAAGGUUUAGGCAAAGGUGGUGCUAAACGUCAUCGUAAAGUUCUCCGCGAUAACAUCCAAGGAACCCAGUUGACCAAAUGCUACAAUCCGCUAGCACUUGGUCAACUGGGAAUAACCAAACCAGCUAUCCGUCGAUUAGCCAGACGUGGUGGAGUAAAACGUAUCUCUGGAUUGAUCUACGAAGAAACCCGUGGUGUCUUGAAAGUUUUCUUAGAAAAUGUUAUUCGAGAUGCUGUAACCUACACCGAACACGCGAAAAGGAAGACCGUUACGGCCAUGGAUGUAGUCUACGCGCUGAAACGUCAAGGUAGAACUUUGUACGGUUUCGGAGGUUAA